AGCCAUAUAACAUUUUAACUACACAUAGUACUAUUUGUUUCAGUUCCUCAUUCUUAACAGUUCACCAUUGUUGUCGGUGGAGUUCAAAACCACACUUCAAAAAAAGAAAAAAAAAAAAUAAAUUAAAGGCUCUGUUGUGUUUUUAUGACUCUCAUAAGUUUCUGCGGUGGUAAUGCAUUAAUUACACUCCAGCUGGAGAACACAUGUUGUAAAAUGAUGGUGGUUUCCUUUUGAAGAGCAAACCAAAAUAAUUAAAAAAAAAAAAAUCAGCAAUAAAUUUCGGCUAUUCGGCUUUUCGACUGAAUCAUGGACCAGAAAACUUGGUUAUGGAGAAAAAGGUCAUCAGAGAAGAGUAUUGUUGCAAUUGGAGAAGAAGUACAAUCAAUUCCAAACCAAAAGGAGAUAGAUCUAGAGAGUACUGUGGAAGCAUUGAAUGAGGAAUUGGCUUCAGUUCUUGAUGAAUGUUCAGCCAAACAAGAACUUGUCGAAAAAUACAAGAAAACGGCAGAAAAUGCUAUUGCAGACAAACACAAAGCAGACGAAGAAAUCGAGCGCCAAAAGCACGAACUGCACGAAAUUCGACAGCAGAGAGCAGCCGAAAGCGAAAGAUUAUUUGCAGAUUUAAAUUCCGCCUUGAAAGAUUGCAUGGAGCAGCUGAAUCAAUCUCGAAAAGAGCAGGAUCAAAAAAUCGAGUACGCGGUUAGUGAAAAAUCGAGAGAGUUCGAAAAAUCACGUAACAAGCUCGAGGAAAAAAUCGGAAACCUAACUGCAGAGAGUUCGUAUCUCAGUAAAGCUCUCAUCGUGAAAGAAAAAAUCAUCGGAGAUCUCAAUCGCAUCAAGAAUCAAACGGAAGGCGAACUUGAAGUACUAAUGAAAAGAUUGGAUUCGAUCGAGAAAGAAAACGCUUUCUUAAGGUACGAGUUUCGGGCGCUCGAGAAGGAGGUUGAAUUUGGGCGUUGUUCUCUAGAAGCUUCGAGAAAGAAGCACUCGGAGAAUUUAAAGAAGAUAAAGAAAUUAGAAGGAGAAUGCCAAAGACUGCGCGGUCUUACACAAAAGAAGCUUCCGGAUUCUUCUAGUACGGUUUACUUGCCCGAAAACACGAGAAAAAAGAUGGGUUUAUUGGUUGAUCAAGUGCGUGAUUUAGAGAAGGAAAACAAGGUUCUCAAAGAAUGUUUGGCUAAGAAAGAGGAGGAAGCUUUCUAUAGUCGGAAAUCAUUUGAGGAGAAAUUUUCGUCGGUAAAUUCGAACGAAGUUACUAGUUCUCGUUCGUGGGGAGCUUCUGAUAUGAGCCUAAUGGACGAUUUUGUCGAAAUGGAGAAGUUAGCAAUUAUUGCAAUCGACUCCCCAUUUGUGGCUUCGGAUUCCAAGAAACCGAAUGAUUGGCUUCAAAAUGUUAGGGAUGCGAUUUUGGAGCAACGUAAUAUUUCUAAAAAAAGCGUCGAAGAGCUUCUUGGAGAAAUCAGAAUGGAUUUGAAUAGUACUAUUAAUAUUCAACCCAUUAGUGGCUAUAUUACUUGGAAAUCCCCGAGCUCAAAAUCGACCGAAGAGUGGGGCCCGCAUUGUGACUUGAAUAAAUCCAUCGACGAAAUCAUUGAGAUUUUUGGUAGAUUUAAUUCAUCACAUACAGACGAAGACGAGAAGACAAUUCAUGUCUUCAAAUGUAAAGGAAGUGAAGUGACACGUGUCAUGCAAGAAUUCAUACACAGUUGUAAUAAUCUAUUGGACGGGAAGAUUGAUAUCGAGAAACUCGCAAAUUAUUCGAUAUCUUUUAUCCGAUGGAUUAUCGAAAACUGUAUUAUUUCACAUCAAGGUGAUUUUAGUGUUAGGGAGGAAUUUGAGAAGCACUUGGGUGGUGCGGGGCCCGGAACUGCGUUGGAGCUUGAAUCCGUGCAGAGCCUUAUGGUUGAAAUGGAGAAGAAGUUUUCGACUUUUCGAGUGGAAAUUGAAGGGCUGAAUAAUGAGUUGAAUGUUGUCAAAUUGUCGAAUAAUGAAGAUCGUGAGAUUGAGAAUCUGAUAGUGAUGAAUGAAGAUCUCGAUACUCGAUUGACUGUCACGAAAGCUAAAUUGGAUGAAGUUGUGCAGAAAUUAUCUUGUGUUGAGGUUGAACUGGAUGAUAAAAGCCGUUCCUGUGAUGAAUUGGAAGAGAAACGCCGCGAGCUUCAACUUCAACUCGAAAGUAUUACGAGCAACCGGCGCUCUGAGGACAAUGAAAACCGAGAAGAGCUUCUUCAAACCGGAUUGGAGAUUACAAAAGCCUCGGUCAUUGGAAAUCAACGGUCAUCGUUGCGUGAUCACAUGCAAUGCGAAGAUAGCGCAGAAGCGGACAAUCUUCUCUCCCCGGAGACGAAAGAAAUUAUAGAUACGAUAGAAAUGAACGCACAAUCUGUAUACCCUGCAAACUUUUCGUUCAAGAAUGGUAAAGAAUACAUUGGGACGAAAAGCGAGGGUAUAAAUGGCAAUGCCGGAGCUUUGGUUAUUGUUCCAAGUAAAAAGAAGGGAGGAAUUGGAUUUUGGAGGAAGGUGCUGCUUAGAAGGAAGAAAGCUAACUGCAAGAAUGGUACCUCUAUUUACUUCAGUAAAUAAAGGUAAGAGAUUCAAAUAAAAUAUGUGGUCUUCAUUGUUAAUAUGUUUCUGUAUUUUUGGCUUAUUAAAUAUAUGUAUCUUUUGUUGAAUGUUUGUAUUGAAGAUAUUAAUAAUAAAGAACUUGGGUUUGAUUAGCUAUAUAUUUUCGACACAUU